UGGAGCAGUUGGCACUAGACGGCUCUGGCAGAUCAUGUGAUGGGAUCGAAGUGACCAGUCGACCUGUCAACCCCCUUCACCUGGAUUUCACACUUAAUUAACACAGGAUAGUGUAGCGUGCCACGAUGGCAUCCACCGAGUACUGGCUGAUCUCCGCCCCGGGGGACAAGACCUGCCAACAGACAUGGGAGAAGCUGAACAAUGUCGCGGCGGUCCAGAACCAGCUGAGUGUCAACCACAAGUUUCACCUUCCAGAUCUUAAGGUUGGCACAUUAGAUCAGCUGGUCGGCCUGAGUGACGACCUGGCCAAGCUCGACACCUACGUAGAGGCCGUGACCCGUAAGAUGGCCAGCUACCUGGGUGAAGUGCUUGAGGAUCAACGAGACAAACUACCCGAAAAUCUUCUUGCUAAUCAAAUGGACCUGGCCACGUACUUGACUAAAUUCCAGUGGGAGAUGGCCAAGUUCCCCAUCAAGCAGUCACUGAGGGGUAUUGUAGAUGCCAUCAACAACCAAGUCACCCAGAUUGAACAUGACCUCAAAUCCAAGUCCUCAAAUUACAACAACUUGAAGUCAAACCUGGCCAACAUGGAGAGGAAACAGACGGGAAGUCUUUUGACACGAAACCUGGGGGAAGUGGUGAAGAAGGAGGACUUUGUUCAAAACAGUGAAUACCUGGUUACUCUUCUGGUGGUGGUGCCUAAGAUGUACUACCCAGAUUGGCAGUCCAAAUAUGAACAUCUGUCGGACAUGGUUGUGCCGCGCUCCUCCCGCAUGAUCUUUGAGGACCACGACCACGGCCUCUUUACUGUCACGCUCUUCUCUAAGGUUGUGGACGAGUACAAGCUCCAUGCUCGCGAGAACAAAUUUGUCGUCCGAGAAUUCACCUACAAUGAGGAAGAGUUGACCGCUGGCAAGAACGAACUAUCUAAGCUGAUCAACGACAAGAAGCGGCAUUUUGGUCCUCUGGUACGCUGGUUAAAAGUCAACUUCAGUGAGUGCUUCAUCUGCUGGAUACACGUGAAGGCCAUACGAGUCUUUGUAGAGUCUGUCCUCAGAUAUGGGUUGCCAGUAAACUUCCAGGCAAUACUCGUUCACCCACACAAAAAGAGCAUGAAGAGGCUGCGGGACACACUGAACCAGCUGUAUGCCCACCUAGACUCUUCUGCAACAGGGGGAGCAGGAGAUACUGUGGACAUCCCAGGGCUGGGCUUCAACACUAGUGAAUAUUACCCUUAUGUCUACUUCAAGAUUAACACGGACAUGAUUGGUGAUCACAGGCCUUAAGGAACCACCAUUAGCCUCUGCUGUUGUUGAAUUGCCAAAAUUGUGGGAGUCUUGAAAAGAUGUUAUUUAAAAUUUAUGGUGUGGACUAGAUGCUAAUUUUUUAACUUGAAGUUUUUAAGAAUAUUUACAGAUGCAGAGAAUAAAAGAAAAAAAAUCAUAUAAAUUUAAAUGAUGUAGAUUGAAAGAAAAAUUAUUGGCUCAUAUUUUAUUUCUUCUAGUGGUGCACAAAGCCGAUGACUUCAUUCCUCAUUUACCGUAGGUGUACAAGUUGUGAAAGAUUCCCUGUUUAGAGACAGUUGUUUUAUUUAUUGGUACUGUGGUCAGAAGAAUGUAAUAUAUUUCCUUUGUACAUUAUAAUGAUUUAAUCUAGUGGUCAGAAUACCUAAUGUACCUUUGGGUUUGAGGCGACAUUCCCCCCCCCUUUUCAUUCCAGCGUUUAUAAGACGGUGAUAAUAAUUGUUACUUGUACAUUAGUUUCUUAGUGAGAUGUGUUCAGCCCACAUCCUGACACCUUUACCAAUACAUACUCAAUUUUUGAUGUGCAUUUGACUCGGAGAAUGAGAUAUUUAUAUAUUUUCUAUCCUAUCCGGAACAAAUUUAUUUUACACUUUGCUAUUAUUAUUACUGUUUCAUCUAUCUUGCCUUAAGUUAUUUAUUGAUGUAAUUAUUUUUUAAAGUCCAGUGAAGCAACAACAUUUCAAGGUAGCUUCAUUGAUUGACCAGUAGAUAUCUAGUUCUUGUUGAUGUCACUUCUCAAGAUGUGUAUAAUAACACUGUUGGACGAGCCUAAUGUUGAUCCCCCCCCCUUCCUAAUGACCACAAUGCAUACUUGAAAAUUGGGUUGAUAUAAGAUAGAACUCUCUGAAUAGUGUAUGGUGUAAAGCUAGAUUAUUGUCUGUGUGUAUAUUUUAUGUAAAUUAACAAAAACUCGUGGUGUAAUAAAUAUUUCCUGUUGGGUGGUUGACUGAUGUACAGAUUGGUAUAUACAGUAUACUUUACAUGUGAAUAAAGAGUACAUAAUA